CUGACCUGAUCCUUGAUGUCAAUUUCUCAUUUCCCUCAUUCUCUAUUGCUCUUUAGUAAAUUUGGCACAGCUAUAGUUGCUUCUGGUCAUCAUAUUCAGUCUGUCGAUACGAGCACAGGCACUGUAAUAUCUUCUACGGUCAACGCCUCAGAUGAACUCAAAAACUCCUUAUCGAAAUCUGGUCCCAUAAGGUUUAUUGCAGUCGAUCACUCUUGGAAACAUCUCCUCACCCUUUGCGACGAUAAAAAACUGAAAGUUUGGAAGGUGGAGGGACUCGAGCUUUUACACGAGAGAGAACUUCCAAAAAGACCUACCAGUGCUUCUUUUACUGCGGAUGGUCAGACUAUCGUUGUCGCUGACAAGUUUGGGGAUGUGUUUAGUUACACUCUUCACCCAUUGCCAGUAGAAGAAGUACCACCCUCUCAGCCACAGGAAGAUUCCACGACUACAGUGCCUAACGUUGAGCCAGAACAACCACAGUCCGGUUCCAAGAGGAAACGAAAGUCCAAGAAACCAAAACGACACGAAAACCCUCCGCAUGCACGGGACUCUGUGGAUUCACACACGAAUCCUUCAGGUGGUACCCUCGUCCUCGGCCACACUUCCCUCCUUACGACCUUCAUAUUCAGCCAAGAUGAAAAGUACAUCAUCACAGCGGACCGAGACGAGCACAUCCGUAUCAGCUGGUAUCCCCAAGGAUAUAUCAUUGAAUCAUUCUGUCUUGGGUGUUCACAAUUCGUGUCUUGUUUACACAUCCCGAAAUCUAAGCCGAAUAUACUCAUUUCUGGCGGUGGAGAUCCUGAACUCAAAGUCUGGGAUUGGCUCUCUGGAAAGUUAAAAUUCAACAUUCCGGUCUCGGAUUGUGUCAAGGAAUACAUUAAAGUCAAGGCUCAACCGUAUGUGCGGAAGAAAUUUAAAAGGGGGAACAUCGAAGCAGCAGACGGAGACGACGACGGCGAAGGCGAAAAUGAAGAGGAUAGGAAUCCUAGGGGCGAGGCGGAUCUCGCUUCUGUACCACUAUCGGGGACAAAUACUCCCACUGUUGGAGAUUCUUCGGCGCAUGAUGAGGAGACUAUUGUUGUAGUUCAAAAUAUUGAGACGGUUGAGAAGGAAGGGAAAUUAUUCAUCAUUUUUAGUGUUGUGGGAGCGACUGCCCUUUUUACUACAGCCUUCCCGGAAGCUCCUUCUGACUCUCUGACUAUCCAUGCUUUCGAUUUUGGACACCCGGUGCUGGACUUUACGCUCGAUCCGACCGGUUUCGUUUGGGCUACGAUCGACCGUAACUUGACUGAAGGUAGUGUAUCCUGGGAUGGUAGAACUAUUCCAGUAGAUCCUUCAUAUUCGUCCUCAUCCUCUACACACCCACCGGUGAGGGUGGUUGAAGUCGGGAGUGAGGGAAUUAUUGCGGAAUCGUCGGCAGCUGUUGAAUCCUCCAGGGCGUUGCUAGAAGCUCUCACUACGACCUGCCUUCUUCCAUGCUCACAGUCCGCUCUAUCAACACUCAACUUUUAUUCUUCACUGACUUCACUUCCUAAAAACAAUCGUGGAGGCGAGGACGGUGAUGAUGGUGACGGAGGUGAAGAUGACGGUGUAUCUAAACAAGGACAGAAGAAACAGAAGCAAAAACAAAAACCAAAGCAGAGUGAAAGAGAUUUAGGUGCUGGCAGAGGAAAGAAGGAGGAGGGUAAGAUGAAGAGUAAAAUCGCUGUUUUAGAGAAGCAGAGGCAGAUACAAGGGCAAGGAGAGACUAUAAAGGAAGCGGACAGAGAGACGAAGAGACUGAGAUCAGAAGUCGAUGAAACGACGGAGGAGAAUGGAUUGGUUGACGUUGAGAUGGAGGAGACCAGGGGGUGAUUUGAACGGUGGUGAAGUCCCAACAAGAAGUAUAAGGGAUGCGAUGUGGAGUUUGACUCGGAUGCGCUGAGUUGGACCAGCGAAGACGACCGAAUAUUGACCGGUAGCUUGUAAAGGAGGGAAAACCUUUUCAAUAUUCAUAUUGAGCGACAGAGACC